AUGGCUAAGUUUUCUAACACCAUUACCCUUAUCUUCGUUGCUCUUCUCUUUUCUGGCUUUGAAGCACAAACAAUUGUGAAAGGACCACUCUGUAGUAGGAAAAGUGAGACAUGGUCAGGAUGUUGUGUAAACGAUGGUCAGUGCAGGGAUCACUGCGUUAGCAAUGAUAGAGGAUUAAAUGGAUAUUGCGCUGGUGGCUACCCAUCAUACAGAACAUGUUUCUGUUUUGUCGCUUGCUAAUAUAUACCAAAGUGCUCUUUGUUUCUUGUGUGUUUAUUUUACAUAUUAUGAGUUUGUGAGUUGUGAAGAUGACUUUGUGACAAGUGUGUUUUUU